CUUCACUCUCACUCUCACUCUGUCACUUUCAUUUCCUCUCUCUCUCUCUCUCUCUCUCUCUCUCUGCUUCUGCAGAAUCGGACACUCGCAAUUCGGGUUUUUCGUUGCUUAGAGUGUACACACUGUUUCGCUUCUGAGGCACUGUAGAUUUCCCUUGAAAGUGAUGGAGGAUAAUCCAACUUCAAGUGUUUUAGAUGCGGAAGUAGUUGGGAUUCGAUUUGGUAUGGCUACACGCCAGGAAAUUUGUACAGCAUCGAUAAGUGACUCCUCAAUUAGUCAUGCUAGUCAGCUGUCAAAUCCAUUCCUUGGGCUGCCCCUUGAAUAUGGAAGAUGUGAAUCUUGUGGUACUUCUGAAGCAGGAAAAUGUGAAGGCCACUUUGGAUAUAUUGAGCUUCCAAUUCCAAUAUAUCAUCCUAACCAUGUUAGUGAAUUGAAGCGGGUACUGAGCCUGAUUUGCUUAAACUGCUUAAAAAUGAAGAAAACCAAGUUUCCUUCUUCAAGCAGUGGUUUGGCACAGAGGUUAUUAUCUCCCUGCUGUCAGGAUGCUAAUGCUGCACAAGUUUCUAUACGGGAAGUCAAAACAGCCGAUGGAGCUGGUUACUUAGUACUGAAAGUAUCUAAGUCAAAGAUGCAUGAUGGUUUUUGGAGGUUUCUAGACAAGUAUGGCUAUCGUUAUGAGGGCGAUCAUACUCGAGCUUUGCUUCCUUGUGAGGUGAUGGAAAUUAUCAAGAGAUUUCCCCUAGAAACCAAGAAAAAACUGGCUGGGAAAGGAUAUUUUCCUCAAGAUGGAUAUGUGUUGAAGUAUCUUCCUGUACCACCAAAUUGCUUGUCUGUGCCUGUUGUUUCUGAUGGCGUCAGUGUCAUGUCUUCGGAUCCUUCCAUGACAUUUCUGAGAAAAUUGCUCAGGAAGGUUGAAAUCAUCAGAAGUUCUAGAUCUGGUGAACCAAACUUUGAGUCUCAUGAAGUGGAAGCAAAUGACUUACAGUCAGUGGUUGACCAGUAUCUUCAAAUUAGGGGCUGUGCUAAACCUGCCCGUGAUAUAGAAACACACUUCGGGGUCAAUAAAGAGCUGAGUGAUGCAUCAAACAAAGCAUGGCUUGAUAAAAUGAAAAGUCUAUUUAUAAGUAAGGGUUCAGGUUUUUCUUCAAGGAGUGUGAUAACUGGAGAUGGGUACAAGAGGACAAAUGAAGUAGGAAUUCCGCUUGAAAUUGCCCAGAGGAUAACAUUUGAAGAGAGAGUAAACUUGCAUAACAUGUGUUUUUUACAGAAGUUGGUUGAUGAAAAUUUGUGUCUCGCCUACAAGGAAGGUGUGUCAACAUAUUCACUGAGGGAGGGCUCAAAGGGGCACACAUAUCUUAAGCCUGGCCAGAUAGUGCAUAGAAGGAUUAUGGAUGGGGACAUCGUCUUCAUUAACAGACCACCUACAACCCACAAACACUCAUUACAAGCACUUGUGGUCUACAUCCACGAUGAUCACACGGUGAAGAUAAAUCCACUGAUUUGUGGGCCUCUUGGAGCUGAUUUUGAUGGGGAUUGUGUCCAUUUAUUUUAUCCACAGUCACUUGCUGCUAAGGCUGAAGUAGUGGAAUUAUUCUCGGUGGAGAAACAGCUCCUCAGCUCUCACAGUGGUAAUCUGAACCUGCAAUUAUCCACAGAUUCCUUAUUGUCACUGAAGAUGUUAGUGAAGAAAGGUUUUAUGGAUAGAGCAGCUGCUAAUCAAUUGGCAAUGUUUCUUUUCUUGCCUUUGCCACGACCUGCUUUGCUGAAGGCCGGUUCUGGUGAUUCUUAUUGGACAUCCAUCCAAAUUUUGCAGUGUGCUUUGCCUUUAUCUUUUGAUUGUACUGGGGGACGUUACUUGAUUAGGCAGAGUGAUAUCUUAGAAUUUGAUUUGAGUAGGGAUGUUCUUCCUGCAGUUAUAAAUGAAAUAGCAGCGUCAGUGUUCUUUGGGAAGGGUCCUCAAGAGGCACUGAAUUUCUUUGAUGUGUUACAACCGGUUUUGAUGGAAAGCAUAUUCAGUAAUGGAUUUAGCGUUGGCUUACAUGAUUUUUCAAUAUCUGGGGCCGUGAAAAGGGUUACAGACAGAAACAUAGGGAAAGUUUCCCCGCUGUUGUAUCAGUUGAGGUUUAUAUAUAAUGAGUUGGUGGCACAGCAAUUAGAGAAGCACAUGCAAGACAUUGAACUUCCUGCUAUAAAAUUUGUUUCAAAAUCAUCCCGACUUGGGGAUAUGAUUGAUUCCAAAAGUAAAUCAGCUCUUGAUAAGGUGACACAACAGAUAGGGUUCCUUGGGCAGCAACUCUUUGUGCGAGGGCGACUGUAUUCCAAGGGGUUGUUGGAGGAUGUUGCGUUACAUUUUAAAUUAAAAUGUUACUAUGAUGGAGAUGGUUAUCCCUCAGCUGAAUAUGGAUUACUCAAAGGUUGUUUUUUCCAUGGUUUGGACCCAUUUGAAGAGUUAGUACAUUCAAUUUCCACAAGAGAGAUAAUGGUUCGCUCUUCAAGAGGAUUGUCUGAACCUGGAACUUUAUUUAAAAACUUGAUGGCCAUCCUUCGGGAUGUUGUAGUUUGUUAUGAUGGAACUGUGCGAAAUGUAUGUAGUAAUUCCAUCAUUCAGUUUGAGUAUGGGGUAAAAGCUGGAGACAAAACUCGGUACUUAUUCCCUGCUGGUGAGCCUGUAGGUGUCUUGGCAGCAACAUCAAUGUCUAAUCCUGCUUAUAAGGCAGUCCUUGAUGCUAGUCCUAGCAGCAGUUGUUCAUGGGAAUUGAUGAAGGAAAUACUUCUCUGCAAAGUCAAUUUUCGAAAUGAACCAAUUGACCGCCGAGUAAUUUUGUACUUGAAUGACUGCGAUUGUGGAAGGAGGUAUUGCCGAGAAAAUGCAGCAUAUAUAGUUAAAAAUCAAUUGAGAAAAGUCAGCCUGAAGGACACAGCUGUGGAUUUCAUUGUUGAAUACCAACAGCAGCGGAAACGGGAAGGUUCUGAAACUGAUGCAGGCCUUGUUGGUCAUAUUCAUCUCGAUGAGGUGAUGUUGGAGGAGCUGAAGAUCAAUAUGGCUGAAGUUUUCCAAAGAUGCCAGGAAAAACUUCGUUCGUUAAAUCGGAAAAGGAAAUAUUAUCAAACUUUGAAGAGCACUGAAUUGUUUUUCAGUGAGUCUUGUGCUUCUCCAAAUUUUUCUUCACCAUGUGUGACAUUCAUUUCGCUAGAUGGUGAUGGUUUAGACAAAACCACUGAAAUCCUGGCUGACGUAAUCUGCCCGGUUCUGUUAGGUACAAUAAUCCAAGGAGACCCCCGAAUUAGCUCUGCGAAUAUAACCUGGAUUAAUCCUGACUCAAACGCAUGGGUGCGCAACCCAUCAAAGUCUUCUAAUGGUGAAUUGGCACUAGACAUCAUUCUUGAGGAGGCAGCUGUUAAACAAAGUGGUGAUGCUUGGAGGAUAGUGCUUGAUUCCUGCCUUCCUGUCCUUAACUUGAUUGAUACCAGGCGUUCUAUCCCUUAUGCUAUUAAGCAGGUUCAGGAAUUACUUGGGAUAUCAUGUACUUUUGAUCAAGCAAUCCAGCGUCUUGCAGCAUCUGUGAAAAUGGUAGCAAAAGGUGUUCUUAGAGAACAUCUCAUUCUGUUAGCAAGCAGCAUGACUUGUGGCGGGAAUUUGGUGGGCUUUAAUACAGGUGGAUAUAAAGCACUGGCUCGUCAAUUAAAUAUUCAAGUACCAUUCACUGAUGCAACUCUCUUUACUCCUAAGAAAUGUUUUGAGCGAGCUGCUGAGAAAUGCCACACUGACUCUUUAUCAAGCAUCGUUGCCUCCUGUUCGUGGGGUAAACCUGUGGCAGUUGGAACAGGAUCAAGAUUUGAUGUUUUAUGGGAUGCGAAAGAGCAGAGAAAGUCAAAUGAACUUGAAGGGAUGGAUGUUUACAAUUUUCUUCACAUGGUGAAAAGCCUUAUCAAUGGGGAAGAAGAAAACGAUGCUUGCUUGGGUGAGGACAUUGAUGAUUUGCUAGAAGAGGAGAAUGCUGAUUACGGCUUGUCCCCACAGCAUACCUCCGGACUUGAUGCUGUGUUUGAAGAGACUUUUGAAGCAAUGAACGGUCCAGAAUCCAAUGGCUGGGGUGCAACUACAGAUCGGACUGAAACAAAGUCAACACAGUGGUCAGCCUGGGAAAGUAAUAAAGCAGAAACAAAAGAUGGUGGUUCUCAAAGAGUCCAUGAGGAUUCUUGGACUUCUCGUGAUGUGAUGAAAGAUGAUUCCCAGAUGACCAACGCUUGGGAUGGAAACGUGGAACAGACCAAAACAAUUUCAAAUGAUUGGACUGCUUGGGGGAAAAAUAAAUCGGAAAUACAGGAUAAUGUGGCUGAAAAGGCCGAAGGGGAGUGUGGGAGCUCUGAAAAGUGGAAAACUGCUGUUAUCCAAGAAGGCUCUUCCAAGUCCAAUGCUUGGAAGUCAAACAUAGAGCAACGUAGUGAUGAGGAUUCUUGGACCUCUCAGAAACUGAAAGCUGAUGUUAUCCAGGACUCUUCCAAGCCAAGCUCUUGGGGAGCUAAACCCAAGUCGAAUGACUCCUCCAAUUGGGGAAGAAAUAAAGAUGAAAUACAGGAUGUUGUGUCUAGAAGAGCCGAAGAUGAUUCUUGGAGCUCUAAGAAACAGCUUAGUUCUGAUGCUACCCAAGAAGACUCUUCCAAGUUCAGCUUUUGGGGAGGUAACAAAGAUACAACAAAGCCAAAGUCAAAUGAUUGGUCCAGUUGGGGUGGAAAUAGAGAUGGAAUACAAGAUGGUGGGUCUAAAAGAGCCCAAGAUGAUUCUUGGAGCUCUCAAAAAGAUGUUACCAGAGAAAGCUCUUCUAAGGUUGAUGCAUGGGGUGCAAAUAAUGAGGCAUCAAACCCCAAGUCAAAUGAUUGGUCAGCCUGGGGGAAAAAUAAAGAUGGAACUCAAGAUGGUGGUUCAGAGAGAGCCCAAGAGGAUUCAUUAAGCUUUGGUAAGUGGAAAGCUGAAUCACAAGUUGAAGCUGAUACGGUGCAAGAAGACUCUUCUAAAUCCAAAGCCUGGGAACGUACUUCUGACAAUGUGAAGGUUGACAAUAGCUCUUGGGGAAAACCCAAAUUUCCAGAAACUCAAGCUUGGGAUCCCCAGAAAGAGACAAAUCAAGGUGCAGGUUCACGUGGGUGGGACUCACAAAUUGCUUCUGCUAAUUCUGACAGUGAUAGAAAUUUUCAAUGGGGAAAGCAAGGAAGAGAAUCAUUUAAGAAAAGUCGCUUUGAAGGUUCACAAGGUUGGGGAUCAAAUGCUGGUGAUAUGAAACAUAUGAAUCGUCCUGGCAGAGUACCUGGACCAAGGUUGGAUAUGUAUUCAUCUGAGGAACAGGAUAUUCUCAAGGAUAUUGAACCUAUUGUCCAGUCCAUCAGACGAAUAAUGCAACAAGAAGGGUAUAAUGAUGGGGAUCCGCUGGGUGCUGAUGACCAACAGUUUAUACUGGAGAAUGUCUUUGAACACCACCCAGAUAAAGAAACCAAAAUGGGUGCUGGAGUUGAUUACGUCAUGGUAAGCAGACACACCAGUUUUCAGGUAAGCAGGUGUCUUUAUGUGGUUUUAAAGGAUGGGCGAAGCGAAGACUUCUCAUAUAGAAAGUGUCUGGAAAACUUGGUAAAGAAAAAAUAUCCAGACCUUGCUGAGUCAUUCAAUGGCAAAUAUUUCCGGAAACCCCGUCCAAGGCAGAACCAGACCCCAACUUCAGCAGGGGAUCAGACCCCAACUCCUGCGGGGGAUCAACCACAAACUACUGCGCCUGUAGAAGAAUCCAAAGAGUAGAAGAUUAGAGCUCUGUCCAUAAUAUUGUACAGAAAGUGCACUGCUAAGGGAGGCAACUGAAUAGGUUAUCACAAGUUACAUAGCUAACCAAUUUUCCUGUGGAAGAUGUUUCCCAUUUUGUUGGCUUCUCGUCACUUAUUUUUUGAAGCAUGGUCAUGUGAAUAUUUGAACUCUUGAAUGAUGCUAGCGCGUGAUGUGCCUUUCAAACUGUUCCCUGCUCAUCAUUUAAUCUAGCUAUUUAUUCAGCUUUACUAUGCCAGAAUGACAGCCUUCCGAUUAUUCAGUUCUCUCUUUCUCUCUAACCAUUUGAUCAUAUUUAAUGGUUGAGAUUAGAAGUGGUUCAAAAUAACUCACGUGCUUCUUUUGUUCUGA